AUGCAUCUUGUUCUAUUCUCGAUUGUUGCAAUCUGUAUUGCAGUUGCUAAUGCACAAAAACCAGUCGUUGCUGUUGUCGCUGCCGGUAGUACAGCAGCCAGCACAACGGUAACAACAACAGGAGCAGCAAGCUUACCAGCAACAAAACCAGCUAAAGCUGAUGACGACAGCAACGAAGACGAUGAUGAUCACAAAAACAAAUCCUAUGAUCAUGAGCAUGACAGCCAUCACGAACACGAUGCUACGAUCUCUGUUGAUCUUCAUAAUGUUCUUGAUUUAUUCAAAAAUGAAUUACAUGAAACUGAAGAACGUAUCAUUGCUGCUAUUCAUCAUGGUCAUGAUGACCACGGCCAUGCGCAUCACAAUUCAACGGCUGCUCCAGUUCUUAAAUCAUACCGUACAGCUGAACGUUAA